AAAAGAAAUUGAAAAUAAAUGUUAUUCCCGUGAUAAUUAUAGCACAUCUAAAGUCAAAAACUCAGAUAUGCUAUCUGAACAAGGAAACAUUUAUGGUUCAUUAGAAUUUUUUUUUUUUGUUAAACAGCAUGACUUCUUUUUUAGGGUCUAUACUGUUUUCUGCUAAGAGAGCUGAUGAGCUGCUAUUAAUAAACAGAAGCUAAUGAUUUGAUCCUGUCUGACUGACCAAACAUCUAAUUAGGACCCAGUUUUAAUUAUCUAAUUUUUAUGGUGCGUAUAUGUUCUCGCCAGAGUUCAACGUGACGCUCAUGACAUCAGUACGACCAUCACAUGACGCCAGUGAGCGUCGUAGUUCUAUUUUUACUCUCAAGGACUCAUUUGAAGCUGAAGUGCGUCCAGCGGAGCGCUUAGACGCACGGAAACACCUGGUUUUAACUCCCAUUUUAAAACUGACAAGGUGCGCCAUUGUGCGCAGUGAGAAACGUGUGAGAUGUGACUGAUGUGAUGCUCAGGGAAGAAAAUAAAGCAGCGCCACAGGAAGGACCCCUUUCCUGGGGGAGAGGUUACCAGAUUCCCCAACAUAACCAGAGGCGAUCGAAUCUGGAAACCACGGAGGAUUGUGUCUGUCGCUGAAUCCUGGACAGGGAUGGCAUGAUCCAGACUCCUGUCCUGACCGUCGUGACUGUAACGCCUGAUGAUAGUUUGCAACGGGACCGCGGAUGUGCUCUGAACGACUCUGGAUAUUUAAGCACCAUGGACGCAGCGGACAUAGUGGCUUCUGUGUUGAUUUUGGGGAUCGUUGUUGUGUCGCUGCUGUCCAACGUGGUGGUGCUGAUCUGCUUUCUGUACAACCCGGAGAUCCGCAAGCAGGUACCUGGUCUUUUUAUCCUCAACUUGACCUUUUGCAACCUGUUGCUGAGCGUGUCCAACAUGCCUCUAACUCUGGUUGGACUCAUCACCACGGGGCACCCCGGAGGCGCAGGAUUCUGUCACAUCGUGGGUUUCCUCGACACUUUUCUCACGACAAACUCCAUGCUCAGCAUGGCUGCGCUCAGCAUCGAUAGGUGGGUGGCGGUGGUGUUUCCUUUGAGCUACCACUCGAGAAUACGGCACCGGGAUGCGGUGUUGGCGCUCGGUUACACUUGGAUACACUCACUCUGCUUCUCCACCGUGGCCACCUGCCGCUCCUGGGUCGGAUACCACCACCUUUACGCAUCCUGCACCCUCUGUAACGCGCGAGCCAAGGUAGCUGGGGUUCAGUUUAUGGUUUUCACGGUGGCUCUGCACACUCUCACGUUCCUUCUUACACUGAUCGUGAUGUGCGUAACAUACCUGAAAGUGCUGAAAGUUGCAAGAUUCCACUGUAAGCGCAUCGACGUGAUUACCAUGCAGACGCUAGUGCUGCUGGUGGAUAUUCACCCCAGUGUUCGACAGAAAUGCCUGGAGGAGCAGAAGCGGAGGAGGCAGCGAGCCACCAAGAAGAUCAGCACAUUCAUUGGCACGUUUGUGGUCUGUUUCACGCCUUAUGUCAUUACAAGGAUUGUAGAGAUUUUCUCCCCAGGCCCCAUAAGCCCUCACUGGGGCAUCCUGUCCAAAUGUUUGGCCUACAGCAAGGCAGCAAGCGACCCAUUCGUGUACUCGCUGCUGCGCCACCAAUACAGGAAGACCUGCAGUGUUCUGGCCAAUAAAAUCCUCAAGAGGAGUCCGCUCAACUCCUCCUCCUUCAGGACAGAGACCAAAGUAGGAAGGGACACAAACAGCACAGCCAACAACAUCCAACCGUCACCCAACAAAGCAUUCAAUCAGUGAGGCACUCAUGUUCAGUGACAUUUUCAGGGGCAUCUUGACAGAUAUUUUACUUCAGAAUUUAAGAAAUGGACCUUUCUCUGAUUGUGUAACAUCAAAACACACAAGAAUACCCUUCUUUUACUCUGGAAUACAAGACGGACAACUUUCUUGAUCGAUUUUUGCAUCCCAUAAAAAUCCUCAAAAAAGGUGAACGUGUUGACAGUUCCAUCCCUUAGUCAGCCUUUUGAUGUUUAUUUGUUCCUGCUGAGAGAAUUCUUUAUUUUAAUAGGAUACAAAUCAAGUAUAUGAGUUUUAGAAAAGGUUAAAUAAUCCUUCAGGAGAUUCUGCAAAGUUGAUCAAUGUUUUUGAAAGCCCAAGCUCAUUUAGGAGGGCUAUUUUUAGCAGCAGGAGCAUGGCAAAACAGACCAUGUUUCUUGUUUUCAUGGAAACAAGGGAGCUUGGAACCCAGUGUUUUAAAUCACACCUUCACUUUUUUGUUGGCUAAUGGUUAGUUGGAUCAAUUUAUGAGAAAUUUAAAGGUGUGGAGCACUGAAAACCCAUGUUUUAAUGAUUAUUUCUGAUUAUAAUUGGUCACUUUGAGUUUUUCAUGCAGGCUGAACAUGAAAAUAGUCUCCUACACCUAUCUCCUGCAUUAGCUUCUGAUAGAAAAUAGACGGUGAAAUUCUAGGAUUUGAAAAGCCUGACAGAUCUAUGUCACACUGCCACUAAAUAUUCAUAGACUCACCCAUCCUGACUCACAACGAGGAAGGCUGUUGUUAUUUUAGAGUCCAGCAAAGAACACAUUGGCUAGUUUAAGCUAACGUUAGCAUUAGCAACUCCACCACAUAGCUGAACUCCUCCAGGCUUGCGUUAUUUGUGGAGAUAAAACAUCAACGUUGCAAGUCAGCGGUAGAGUCGAGUCGCUUUUAUCCAAUCAGAGGUGAGAUGUCCACAUAUUAGGAAAUAAGACUCUAAAACCUGGCGUCUGAUGCUCAGCUGUGAUGUGGCUCACUUCUAAUUCCUGAAAUUAGUGCACCAGUGAUUUUUGCCCCCCAGGUACAACUUACAAGUCAUUCAUUCCUACUAGUGACCAUUGCAAAUGUAUUGAUUAAACAAGUGUUCCACACCUUUAAAUAUUGGUAACUUAAUUCUUGAUUUAAAAAAAAUGACAGCCAAUUUUAUAAGUUGUAUAUAAACUGCAAAUACACAGUUUGUUUUGUAGCACUCUGGUUGAUUUGUUACAAAUAGGUACCAUAUAACAAUAUGUCAUUAAAUGUGAAAAAAAAAAAUAAAUAUCAAAGCAGUGAGAUGUGCAAGUGAAUUCCUACAUAAAGCUGGUUUAUGAUUCCUUGGCUAGUCCUUUAGAGGCAUUGUAGCAGUAAUGAUUUGCUGUAAUUCUUAAUGAAAAGUUUGACCUCAGUAGCGAUCAUAAAGCUGGAGAAGAUACAGUUCUAUGAACGAUUUCAAAUAGAAACACCAGUUUUACAUUUCUGUGGUGAAACAGUGUACUAAGCUAAGUUUAAUUGAAGUUUCUGUGCUUUGUGGCUGUGAUGCGUUAUUUAUGAAGUGCCUUUUCACAAUGGACGAAAACCCGUCAUAUUUUUGCGCUAUGGUUGAGUGUUUCAUCAUCAACAAGAGACUUUUAUUUUGCAAAGCCUCCUGGUUGUUUUGCUGUUACAGGCAGUAAUGAGAUGAGCUGUUAUUUGAAUAUUGUGGUAUUUAGCAACAAGUAAUUCCAGCUCACAUGUCACACGAGGAGCUGUGUGGCAUUUAAACCAUGAAUGUAUGCUGUGCUGUUUUCACUGGCAAAUGAGGAUGUUGUAGUUAUUUUUUUAUUUUUUCUUUGUUGUGACAUUUUGUAGCCUUUGAAAGGCAGGAAAUCUAUUUAUUAUUUGUCAAAGUGUGUCAUAUUUUUGCCAUUUGUGAUGAUAAUGCAUUAAAUGCUGUGCAUUUUUGCAUUUUAAAGUUUUCUACUUGUUCAGCGUUGUUCGUCACUGUUUGACGUAAGCGGUACUUUACUAACACACGUAUCUGCUGGAACCUUUCUUCCCACUCCCACGCUAGUUAAGUUUAACAAGGUGAAAUAAUGAAAUAAAUGCUGCUGUUGGUGUGACAGCAGAACAAAGACUUUUUUAAAGCAGUGGGGUUCAAAGUUAGAUGCUUUUUUAAUUGCAGGACAGCUAGAAGAAUGAAAAUUAAACGAGCAAAGCAGACAAAGGUAGGCAUGAGUUCGGGCAGCAGAGGGAAUUCUAUUUAAGCAUCAUUUAAACAAUCAGUACGAAUAAAAUAAAAUUAAAUCAUCCCUUGAAACAAUCACGGCUUGUCAGAAAUCAGGGCUGCCUCCUGUAAUUUUUGCUUUUCACAAAAGUAGUUAAAAGCUUAACUACUUCACCAACCUAGAGCAAUUAGAACAUGUAGAGAAAGUUUGAAAGGAUCCCCAGCCUGGAGGCAUUUUGUGUCUACUCCAGAGUCUCAAUGAGUGGGUGAGACACAAACCUGCCAUCCACAAAGUGCUGCACAAACCUGAUGAUUAAGCCACGAAGCGUAGGAAGUACAAGAAAUCAAAGGAGGAAGGAAAGGAAGAUGAGAGCAGUGGUUGACUUCAUGCCGCCACAACAUCAUGAGUCUUUUGAAGCAAACUACAAUCAUGUCAAAGGCUGGUGGUCAGCGUUUUCAUCUGGAAAAAGCUGCUAUUGCAUCAUUUAUUAUAGGAAGCUUCAAUCAGCUUUUAAUAACUGAACAGUCACAGUAAAAUUGCCUUUUUCAGGGUUUAAACUCACCAUGUGAACUGCAAAACAAACAUUGGUGCAGUUGGUAGCAAGAAGGUUUGAGUACUGUUCUAAAUGUAGUUGGCGUGUUUUCUCCAGUCGUGCAUGUAUUCCUUCUGGGUAUUCUGGUUUCCUCCCACUGACCAAAAACAUGCAUGUUAGGCUGAUUAGAGACUCCAGACCAGGGGUAGGCAGUCCAGGUUCUGAAAUGUCGCUAUCCAGCACAUUUUUGCUCCAACACACCUAAUUUAAUGAUUGAUUCACCUGUUCACCAAGUCAUCAAGCUCUGCAGAAGCCUGUCAAUCGCCUACUUGUUAAAAGCAGGUGUGCUGGAACAGGAAAAUAACUAAAGCAUGCCGGAUAGCAGCACCCCCGGAACAGGAUUGCUUGUCCCUGUAAAUUUCCCUAUGUGUGAGUGAGCGUGUGAAUGGCAGUCAAUGUGUCCUGGUGAUGGACUAGAGACCUGGUGUCCCCUGCCUCUCACACAAUGGUUAUUGGAAAUGCUCCAACCUCCUGUGACCCUGCUGAAGAAGGAUGGAUGGAUGGAUGGAUGGAUGGAUGGCUGGUUUGCUCAUUAAUGAAGUCCGUUAGGUGAUGCUCAUAUGUUAGGCAUCAGAAAUAUCUAAUUCCUUGUGGCACUAUGAAAGCUGAUAGUUUUUCAAUCCUGUUGAAAAUAUUUCUGACAUGUUUCCCUCUGAAUGCCCAUGGUAAAAACUAAAUUGGCUGUCAAGCCUCCAGAGUAAUUGGAGUCACCCAUGUGCAGCGACUUAUUGUAAUCAGCGACAGCAACACUAAACCCAAAACAUUGAGUGAAGAAAAGAAGCACCCUCUGGGUUUGUACAUCAAUCGUUGAUGAAAAUAUCAAGUUAGUCAAGAAGUAAUGUUUAUAAAUCACAAUUUACCGUAAAAACAUAAUAUCUUAUGUUUUGUGAGGACUAUGUCCCUUCCAUCUUUCUGUUACCAUGUCUUGAUUCCCUCCCCCAACUCUUGAGUGUUUCUUUUCAGUCCAGCUAGCUUCCUGUGAACCUAACCGAACCAAACACCGCCUUAUGAUCCCAGUCAUGGGAAUGCUGGAAUACAAAUGUCAUCGUUCCCCUCGCGCCCUUGAGUAAACAUGCUGCGCUUCUUACAGAACGUACAAAAACAAGAGCUUCUAUUUUUGUUCAGGAAUGUUUAAAAUUUUCUGGGGUUUUUCCCAUCCCAAAGGCUAUUGCAACAAAAGAAAGACAACCUGAUUUAUUUCACUGCUGUUUUAUUAAGCAUCAAAGAAAAGAAUUUCAGUGUUUUUAUUUUGAACCCUUUAAAAAGUACCCUGCAAAUUCAAAGAGGGAGCAGAGAGAGGAUGGUUGGUGACAAGUUCUGAUACCAUGUGUAACCGACCAUAAGGACAAAGCCCGCACCACAUGUUCACGUCUGCUGCAAAAAAUGUCAAGCAAACAUUUAGCUGAUAUCGUUACAAAUGUGUUUUGCUCCGGCCAUCUGUUCAACUAGUAAACGCUUGUGUAUGCCUGUGCUUGUUCCUGCUUGAGAGAAAACAGCUGAUGUGUCUGUUAUAAGCAAAUGAAACAACAUUUAAUCAAUCGACGAUCCACAAAGACCAUGUCUACAUUCCAGAAAGAAUAUUCCAGAUAAUUUGCAUGAAGAUUAAAGAUAAAAAGAUGUUUUUGGCUUUUCGUGCAACCUCCCAGCAUUUUGUUCUGCUGCACACAGAUUAAGAACCACGAUAUUCUGCAUUCAAAGCAGUCAGUCCAAUAAUACAUUUAUUCUAGUUUGGCCUUUGUGCAUUAUUGCAGAACAUAUUUCCAGUUAUGAGAGCCAUUUUUUUUUAAUCAUCUGGUGCAUUUGGUGCUUGUGCCUCUAUGUGAAGAUAACAAGUCGAGUAGAGUAUGUCUGAUAAAGGUGUUUAGAUUCUGUAGCUUCUUUUCAUUUCAAAUCUAUGAAGUCAAGUGCAAAGGGAUACGAGGCUGAGUCACCCCGGCAGCUUAGUAAUGCUGUCCUUAAUCACAAGGAAAUAAAUAAUAUACUUUCAGAUGAAGUCUGUUUCCACAAAAAGGAUGGUGAAAGACCUGAAAGUUAUGUUAAUAGCUUGUUUUUUAUAAUGACAAGAAACACGCAAUUUAGGGAAUUUAUUAGUAAAAAUAAAAGGAACAUCUGAGAACUCCACCAACGUCUCAAAGUAAAGAUAGGAAAUUAAACAAAAAACAAGUUAUUUUUCGAACAGUAAUCUGAAAUUUAUGACAUAUUUAAAAAAAAUUUUUAAACUUCCUAGAUUUCACUUACAUACAUCUUGCUUUACGGAACAGAAGCCUUGAAAUAUUCCGAAUAAUUUUGUCAGAAUUCUGUUAUUUUUAACAUAUUAAAUGUUCAUUUUUAGAUUUGUUUCACUUCUGGGCUCUUAGCUCAUAACCUGUUAUACCUAAUGCACAAACAAGGUAAGAUUUAUAAAUAUCUACAAUUAAUUAUUUAGUUAAGAACAAUGCAAUAACAAAUCAGUGGGAUUGAGAUUGUAAUCUCUUGAUUAGCCAAUACCGGCUGAGUGACUGUUAGAUCCUGCUUCAAGAGCUUAUUAGUCAGAAAACAAGCCUCCGUUUCACUUUGUAUGGUGUUUUUUGUACCAGAUGUAUGAAAAUCCUGAUGCUCUGGUGAUUUUUGCUGCACCAGCUGCUCUGAGAUCUUUGCUGCUGCCGGUUAAUGAGAAAAGGAUAUGCAUGGCUUCAGUUUUCAUCCUGAGUCAUUUUCAGCCACCUGCUUAAUGAUCGGGAAAUCUAAUAAUUAGAAAAGGUUUGGGUCCAGAUAUGAUUUUAAUUAAAAAAGUUGGGUAGAGCUAGAAGUGUCCAUGGCAACUAGAUACCUUGCAGGAUCUGUGGUGACUUUUAGAGAGCUAUAAACGGACUUAAGGAGAGAGAAAACAUCUUAUUUCCUUAGAUGUGAGCAUAAACAAACAACUGAAUGCAUUUUAAUGCAAAUCGUUAAAUAAACUAUAGUUUUUCUUUUGUAAAACUUGGAGGGCCAGGAAGAGUUUAACAAAGUAGUAUAAAUUAUCCAAAAUUCUCCAUAUUUUGUCCAAAACGAAUGAUGAGUGAGAUGAUUUAUGUUGUUCAAUAAGGUUUAUGCUAUAAAACCAUGGGUUAUCUAAUAUAAGCACUGAUUGAAAUCUAACAUCAUUUACUCUUUUUAAAUUUUCUUUGUUAAAAUUGAGCAGCAAAACCAAUUUAUUUCACCUUUGGAACAGUUAAUGUGUGUAAUGUAAAAUGACCACAAUGCACGUCACAUUGAUGGGUUUUAAACUUAUUGUUAACAGACUCAGUGUGAUAACAUCUGACAGGGAUCUCACUGACUUUUACAUCUUUCAUUUUGCAUGCUGCACAUGUUUGCGGAUCCUGCCAAGUAGACAAAGCACAUAUUCAGACUUCUGCCUCCUGCUGCACUCAUGCUGCUCUGCAUGCAGACUCCCAAUAUGCUCAAAUCUUUCAUUGGAUAAUAUGUCAGUUUAAGUUCUAGUCUGUGAGAUAUUUAGAAAUGUUUUAGUUCAGUUGUCCUAUGCAUUCUUUUAAGUGAUCGGAUGAAAAAAAAUGGCACUUGAAUGAUGGGAUCAACCCAUGAAACAUGUUGUUUCCAUCUAAUAAUCACAGUCAGAGUGUUUGGCUGUUUUGUUAUAAAUCUCAGAUAAACCACAGGCUCUGAGCUGAAGCAAUAAAAUAAAUCUGACAAAGAUCUUCCUUUCUCGUUACAUUGCUUUCUGCUGCUCUAUGUGAUAGCAGUGUGCCAGAAAUACCCCACCUAACUUGAGUUUCCAAGAAAAUUCUCUUCAGACAGUAAACGAGACCAAAGACAUGCCCAUCUGUGCUGACACGAUAAUCUUUAAGGUCAUUUAUGCUCACAAAAGGUUUAGACAGAAAAAUAUGAAGGCACAUGCAGUUGUAAUGUAUUCUGGCUAAAAGCAUUUCAUGCCCUGAGAGGGGAAAAAACCCAAAUACCUACACAUGUUGAAGGAGAAAGUGACGUUCACACAUGACAGGAUGUGACUGUGGCUCGCUGACCAUAUUAGGCCUUUUGAAAGUCCUUUUGCGCAAUCCCAAAAAUCAUCAAAAAAGAGAGCGAGAGGGGAAAAAACUUGCAGGAGAGAUUGGGAAUCUAUCAGAAGAACCGAGAACAAAAACGAAGCUAUGCAAUUAUUGUUUCUGGCAGCUAAGAGCCCAUGGCUUAGGGAAAAUCCAUCAAGUCAUUUCAUUAGGAAAAGACCUCGGCAGCGAAAAGAUGUGGAGACAAUGGGCCUACUUGAGAAAUGUGGUUACACAUGAAUAAGUCCUUCUCACAGAGGUCGAAUGAACAUACAAGCUGUGAAAAGGAGGAUUGCUGUUGAGAAAAAAAAACACUCAGUACUAAUGACUCAGACUUGGAACGGCAGAAGACCUUCCUGUGUUUUCUUCUAUGGAAAGCAUCAACACACAUGAAUGCGUGAGAAACGUACAUGUCAUCAAAUUCCUGGGUAAAUAUUUUAUCUAGGAUAUGAUUGCCAGAGUCUAAUUUAUAGGAAAAAUAUGGAAAUAUUUCUGAAAAAAUAUUUGCAUUAGCAUUCAUGGGUUAUUUUGAGCUUGAAUGGAAGGAAAACAGCUGGCAUCAACAUGACAGAGAUUAAACGCCUCAGCCUGAAGAAUGAAAGGUAUUUGGUUAAAAGCUCACUGGCCACGUUUCUCGCAAAACAUUGAAACUUCUUGGAAAGAAAAUAUGAAGAACUGUCAAGGGCGUCAGUUUGUUUUCAGAAUUGCUGGGGACAAUAACCAUACACUUGAGUGGGGUUUAAAAAUUGCUGGGGACAAUCAUUAAAUAGGCUAGCAUAUUUAAGUAUUCAUCAGUUUUUAAUGUUUCACUCCAAUAUGCACAGUAGUGUAUUGACAGUUAUUAAAAAUCCUGUUUUGUUUUUCCAACGGCACUGAAACCCCCCAUUAGCCUGUAAGCAAGGUGGAAUCUUUACAUCCAUAUAGCUAGCCUAGCAAAAAAGAUCUUGUAUUAUUAUUAUUAUUAUUGUAUUAUAUUAUAUAUAUCCUUGUUUUAUUUUUGACUGUCAAAUUAGAUUUUCAGAGAAAAAUACUCAUCUUUAUAUCAGGCUCCACUCUCUGGUCAACUCCACACUCCGACAACCUAGCUGUCCGUGAACUACGGGAUUCAUUGAUUUUUUUUUAAAAGUGAAGAUGAAAAGUAGGUGUCCGUUGACCAUGUCGAAAAGAAAGAACGCACCCGAUAUCAGAUGGUUUUUCGGCAAGAAAAAAUGUGCACCUCAAGGCUGGAUUACUCCAACUCCUGCUUAUAUGGCAUCAGUAAAGCAGCUCUUUCUAGACUUCAGCUGGUCCACAAUUCAACAGCUAGGUUGCUGACUGGAGCUGACAGAAGACAACACAUUUCUCCAAUUCUGAAAUCUCUUCACUGGUUGCCCGUGCAGUUCAGGAUAAACUUCAAAAUUAUGCUUCUCACUUACAAAUCCUUGAACCAUCAAGCUCCUCCAUAUCUGUGUGAAAUGGUCCAUUACUACAACCCGCCGCGUGCUCUCAGGUCUGAAGAUAAGGUCCUCCUAGCUGUUCCCAAUGCACGUUUAAAAAGCCGUGGAGAGAGGGCUUUCUCUGUCUGUGCACCGAAGCUGUGGAACGCAUUACCACUGCUAGUGAGGCUAGCACCAACAGCUAGCAUUUUUAAAUCACGCCUGAAA